AUGUCUCCCAAGCACUUGUUAGCGUUCCUCUUUGGGGUGGUAUUUCUCACCACUUCUGGCUUGGCUGAUUACAAGCCACCUGUUGAGAAACCACCUACAUACAAGCCUCCGGUUGAGAAACCUCCUGUUUACAAACCACCUACGUAUAAGCCACCAGUUGAGAAACCUCCUGUUUACAAGCCACCUGUUGAGAAGCCUCCCACCUAUAAGCCUCCAGUUGAGAAACCUCCUGUUUACAAGCCACCUGUUGAGAAGCCUCCCACCUAUAAACCCCCAAUUAAAAAACCACCUGUUCACGAACCACCAAUUGAGAAAUCCUCCACAUACAAGCCAUCACCAGUUGAAAAGCCACCCACCUACAAACCUCCAACUGAGAAACCGCCUACUUAUAAGCCACCAGUUGAGAAGCCUCCUGUUUACAAGCCACCAGUUGAGAAGCCUCCUGUUUACAAGCCACCAAUAGAGAAACCACCAGUUUACAAGCCACCUACGGAAAAACCACCAACCCACCCGUCACCGUCUUAUGGUCAUUAUCCUAAGCACCCUCCGUCAACGACAGAGAACUGA